CCUUCAUCAUCAUCAUCAUCAUCAUCCUCUUCUCUAAAGACAGCCCCCACACAAAACAAAUAGAACCCACAGUGGCAAUCAAAAGGACCAACCAGGGCACAUACAGAUGCUUGGAGGAGAUCCUAUCCAAAAGUACCUAACAAUGCCUGAGGUGGUGGAGGAGUUGAAGAGAAUGAAAGACAUAGGUCUACCAAUAACUGCCAUAAACCUGAUCAACUACCUCAAAGGCAUGAUAUCAGUCAUCUACAUAGGGAGGUUAGGAAGGCUUGAGCUUGCCGGCGGUGCUCUCGCCGUCGGUUUCACCAACAUCACUGGCUACUCCGUCCUCUCCGGCCUAGCCACAGGCAUGGAGCCUGUGUGUAGCCAAGCUUUUGGCUCUCGAAACCUCCCUUGCGUCAUCUCCGCUCUCCGUCGAACUAUCCUUCUCCUUCUCCUCGCUUCUCUUCCGAUAUCUCUCUUAUGGAUCAAUCUUGAAACCUUAAUGCUUCAUCUCCAGCAAGACAAGGAGAUCUCAAAGGUGGCCGGAAAGUACUGUCUUUUCUCUCUUCCUGACCUCAUCGCCAACAGUCUUCUCCAUCCAAUCCGUAUCUACUUCCGAAGCAAGGGACAGCCUCAGCCAUUGAUGUGGAGCAGCGCACUAUCUUUGCUUCUCCACCUCCCUCUAACCACCCUUCUAAGCUCCACUCUCCAUCUUGGCAUUCAAGGCGUAGCCAUUGCCACCUUCACUACCAACUUCACCACUCUUCUCAUUCUUCUUGUUUACACCCUUUACACCAAGCCUCCUCCAGAUCAUUUCUACUCACCAUUACCACCUUCCUCGCCGAAGCUCGUCGUUGAAUGGAGCUCCCUCCUUCGUCUCGCCAUCCCAAGCUGCUUAGCCGUUUGCUUAGAGUGGUGGUGGUAUGAGCUCAUGACUUUACUCUCCGGCUAUCUCCACCACCCUCACGUCACCUUAGCAACGGCAGCCAUCGUGAUCCAAACCACGUCCCUUAUGUACACACUGCCAACAACGUUGAGCUCAUCGGUUUCGGCUCGUGUCGGGAAUGAGCUCGGCGCCGGAAGACCAACCCAUGCUAGAGUUGCAGCCAAGGUUGCCAUGAUUCUUUCCUUCAUGGUAUCUUGUAUAAGUUUAGCUUGGACAACAGUUGGGAGGGAAGCAUGGGGGAGAGUGUUCACCGGCGACGAGGAGGUUCUCCAGUUGACCAAAACUAUUCUUCCGGUGAUCGGCCUUUGCGAGCUAGCAAACUGCCCGCAGACCACCGGAUGUGGGGUUCUCCGGGGAAGUGCACGGCCGGGCAUUGGUGCUGCCAUUAAUCUUUAUUCUUUCUAUCUCGUCGGAGCUCCGGUGGCUGUAUUGCUUGCUUUUGGGCUGGAUUGGGGCUUUGUGGGCCUUUGUUUGGGCUUGCUUGCGGCCCAGGUUGUGUGUGCUGUGUCUAUAGUGGUUGUAACGUUGAGGACUGAUUGGGAAAGAGAGGCUUGUAAGGCUAUGGAUUUGGUUGGGCCUUCGGUUGUUAUUGAGGAAAGCCCAAUAAAGCCCACCAAAGCCCAAGAUGACGUAGCCUUGCUCUUGGAUAUAUCUGAUUGAGCUGUAUAUAUAUAUAAAAUC